AUGAUCGCAUUGUCUUCAUUGUUUUGCCUUCUCCCUUCCCUUCAAAGUUUGCCUGCUCCGUUUCCCGCCCCACGAAGGCGGCGGCGGCGUGGGGCCGAACGCAGUGACGUAGCCAUUGUGGCCGUCCCUCUGCAUUGCCACAUCAACCGCUGUCAGACUCAACCAGCAGCGGGCUGUUAUUUUUUUGUGUUUUUAAUGGACUACGGUGCAUUACUUGGUGCUUUCAAGCGAUGGUCCAUUUUCCACACAAAUUUACAGCGUGGUGCCCAACAAGUCACUUCGAGUUGCGGCAUCCUCCUGGCGCGGUCGCAGCACCUCCUUGGCCAAAUUGGCGAUACGGUGGGUGGAAUGGAACGUCGACUCACUGAUGGAGAACAACACGCGCCGAGUGUUUCGGCGAUGGUUUGGCGUGAGGUGUACAUUAGGCUAAAAGACCUCUUAGAUCCCGGUGGUAUUUUUCACAGUGCUGUCUACCUUGAACGUGGCCCAACCGCAUCACCCUGCAAGGAUCUAGCGUGGACCUCGUGUGCGGUCAAGGUGACACUUCAGAAGCCCGCGCCGUUAGACUGCCUUGUCAUUGGAACUCGGGCAGGUGAGAUCGCGGUUUACACCAUCACUUCUGGAUCGACGCCGAUGAAAAUUAACCCCGCGUGGUCGCUUAAGCAGUGCCACGGACGUGGCGGCGUGACUGCGCUCCAAGUUCUUCAUAAUGACGUUGAUUCGCCGCCAGUAGUAUUUACAGCCGGGCGUUUGCAGGGCAGGAUACGCAGAUGGAGGCUGGUCGUCACCGGUGGCAGUGGGGUCAGUCUGCAAGCCCUGGACCAGGUGCUGAAGCCGUCUGGUCUCUCAUGGAUCGGGUCCUUCGCUGGCCUUCCAUCCGGCGAGGUCCUGGCGCUGGGCUUUGUUUCGACAGAAUUCCAUGCUGUGGAAUUCGUCCCCGCUGGAACCGAUUUCAUGACUUCCGACAGGGGCGAUGUUCGUUUCUCCGUGGAUUGUGCCGGUGGAAAUAGGGCCUGGGACUUCGCGUACGACCCGCACCGAGAUGCCUUCGUGUUCGCUGCCAUCCAGAAAGACAAGCUUGUGUAUGCCAUCAGAAACGCAACAGAGCCUCGAGAAAAGUGUGCCGCUACGAAGAAAUUUCUUAUUCCCCCCCUGCAUGGCAGGGAUAUCAACGCUUGUAUCGUGCUCCCCCAAGUGGACAGGAGAACUCAAGGCUCCUUGACAAUCACCUGUCUCACGGGCAGUGAGGAAUGCCACUUGGGCAGUUUUUCGAUGGACGUGAAACAAGUAAAGGGUGUCAACGAUAAGGAUGAAUUCUCAGUCACCUACCACUCUUCCCCGCGCUUUCAUGCAGGGCACAUCUCAAAUAUUCGGUGCCUUGCUUUCUGUCAACCGCUAGACGCGCCACAACCGCCUCCGAGAUACCUGGUUUCUGGCGGUGGACGCGGCAUGCUGGCCAUCUGGCGUCUGCAAGAAUGCGAGCCUGGCCUGAUUGGUUGGGUGUGUUUAGACUCUGGUGGAGGGGAAGAAGGAACUCUCGUCAGUUGUUCACGUGCGCGCAGAAAAAAGGGGAUGAAUGGCGUCUGUGAUCUGAGAAUUAUGACUCUUCUUGGAUUUCAGCGGCUGGAGCAUUUACUUGUUGUUGCUGGGUGCUCGGAUGGAAGUAUCAGGUACUAA